CGCAGAACUGAGAAGUUUGAGCACCCAAACCUCACCCAAAAGAGCUGGAUGGCCGUAGGAGGAAGAUCCUGUCUCUUCGUGCUGCCAUCCGUAAGAUUCACGCCUGGGUGAAAUUCCACUCCCUGGGUCGUCCGAGUUUCCGAAGGUGAACGUGGCAGUAAGCGCCCGUCGAGUAUUCAACGCGACAGACUCGAUCAGCAACUCGAAUCCAUCCCUGGCUAGGAUGACAGAAGCCAUCAUCGGUGAGCAGCCGAUUUUCAACAAAAGCUAUCACGAGAUAACCAACUUCUCGUAUCACGAGGUCCCUAAACCCGUAAAGAGAGGGAUAAAGAUGAAGUUCGAGUUCGAAGAGCAGCAUGACGGCUGCAACGACGCCGUGGCGACGCUUUUCGUGGUCUUGCUUGCGCGGUUCAAACACUAUGGAAUGAACCUGGAGAGUCAAGCUCCCCAACAGUUUCCAAUUCCGUGGCGUCUCGUAGCCACAGAUGGCGAGGGAUCAGACAAAGCAGCAAAGGGUAGAUCCCACCAACUGGGGGUAUGUGAAAUCAGGUCACGCAAUGUGACUGGCCUGUCGAUCGGUCAAUGGUCGACUCGCAUGUUCGUCACAUCAAUAAUGUCGAAGUCGCUGAGAUAUCGCUUUUGUACUUACUGUCCACCCGGUAAGGCAUUGUUUACAUCCAGACAGGUAGACGUCGAGACAAAGGCCGAGUGGCGGGACACAGUAUUCGAGGCCUUCGGCCGGGGCCACAACUUACCUGCACGUCCGCCAACAGCAGGUGAUCGUUACCGAUGGUCGUGCCUCCGUCGGUCUGCAGCCAGUAGACUCACCUUGGGACGACGACAACCGUGGCGGGCACCCGCUGCCACACCAAGUGCAGCCACGGCAGUCGGCGGCGCUCUUGCAGGUGGUGCUAAGUCACCGCCUCUGCAAACGCUUGCCCCUCCGAAGAGAUUUGCCCCUUGUCAACCUACAGCAGAAUGGUCUGAACACUUAGAAAAGCCCAAAGAUGAACUUCUCAGCUCUAUGUGCCCGGAUUCACUCAACUACAGGAGGAGCGGUCGGUGCCGUGAGCUCGACGCUUCAGGUCGUAAGCUGAAUCGCUACAAACAUCACAUCUGUCCACAGUAUCUAGCAAAUUUCACGGAUAAAAGCGACAGUCCUUGCCUGGAGGGCUACGAACACGCUUCCAAGGGCUUUGACUUGCCCGUGCUGCACAUACGACCAACUUGCAUUGCGCUCAAAACAGGCCACACUUGCAAUGACAAUAAGUGUCGUUGGGGACAAGAUCAUGCCUCUAUAUGCAUGGCGAACAAUGAAGAGGUUCGUGAUCGUAGUCUGAAGGGAGAGAACCUCAGUGAGCGUCGUCGCCUCGAAAAACUCAAGAGGACCAAAGAGAACAAGAGGAUCGACGACGAGAGGCAGGAGCGUUGUGCCCAGCGCAGACGUGAGGAGAGCCAGCCCAACGCCGACCGACAGUCUCGCAUGAAGCGUAAGCGCGAGUGGGACGAUAACGAAAUGAGACACGGGUAGCGCUCACGAUAUAACAAUGGGUACCACAGCCCCCGUCCGCCCACUGGCUUCGAGCCAAGCGGCCCUCCUGUGUUCUACGAGCACGACCAACAACGCCCUCAUCUGCCUUAUCGUGGCGGUCACGGCUCUGGUAAUGGACACCACCAAGACCGUCCUCGUCCGCCGACUGGAUACCACCAAGAUCGCUCUCGUCUGCCGAUUGGCAUCCAUCGCCUGGUGCCGGUCACGGCUUGAGAGCGGAAAAGGUUC